AUGCUGAUGCGACGGAGGUGGAUGGCAAGGGGUCGCCACCUGAGCUACCAGCGUGGCCGUCAUGUCGUCCACCCCAAGACCAGCCUGGUGAAGAUUGAGGGUGUUGAUGACACCGCUGCUGCCAACUUCUACCUGGGCAAGAAGGUCGCGUACGUCUACAAGGCUCAGACCGAGAAGCGGGGAACCAAGAUCCGGGUCAUCUGGGGCAAGGUCACCCGGCCACACGGCAACUCGGGUGUCGUCCGCGCCAAGUUCGCCACCCCCCUCCCCGCCAGAUCUUUCGGUGCUUCCGUCCGCAUCAUGCUGUACCCCUCUUCGAUAUAA